AUGGAUCGAUAUUACAACAGUCCGGCAUUGACUGAACACCUCAUGGAGCAGAAGAUUUACACUUGUGGAACUCAAGACAUGAGAAGGAAGGGUGUACCGCCGGCUGUCAAAAAUGCAGUUGUUCGUGUUGGCGAAAUAAUCCAUAGACAGAAAAGGAACAUGACGGUAAUUUCAUGGCGUGAAAAGAAGACCAAGAAGCCUUGCACUAUGAUCAGUAACAUGCAUAAUGCUGAUUUGAUCGACACAGGGAAAAAAAGGAAGGUAAAUAAUGUUGAGAUCGCAGUGAAGAAACCAUCAAUGGUGCUGGCCUACAACAAGGGAAUGGGAGGUGUCGAUAAAAGUGACCAGAUGGUAGUAGACUAUGGACAUUCAAGGAAGUCAUUGAAGUGGACGUCAAAAUUCUUCUUCCACUUGAUUGACAUUGCAGUACUGAAUGCCUUUGUGCUGUUCAACAACAGGGAACCAGAAGCGAAAAAGUUGCUGCACCUAGAAUUCAAAAUGAAGUUCAUCGAAAAGAUCUUGAGUAAAGCGAAGACAGGAAAUGCACUGGAACUACCAGACCCUAAAGGCAUCAGACAACAUCAGUUGGACACUGUAGGUCAUGUGGAACGUCUGGAAUCACGACUAUCUAAGCAUUCGCCAGAUGACACACCCUUCCAAGAUGCUACACCGGGGAAAAAAGUCAAACGCAAGACUCGCGUUUGUGCCCAUUGUCGAAAGGACCGAAAGCCGUACGCGGAACACCAUGGUCUGGAGCAACCCCCCAAAAGACCUGAGACCAGCAUAAUGUGCCCUAAGUGCAACGUACCUCUGCAUUCAACUCCCUGUUUCAAACUCUGGCACACACUGAAGUGA